AUGGAAGAUCCGGAUAGAAUAAGUGGCGUCGGUAUGAGGAGGAGGAAGGUACGUGAGGAUGAGCCACAGGAGGAACAAGUCAUAACUACACAAGUUAAAGAAAGCGACGACAUAUUAAUAAAUGAGAAGAAUGUUUCUGUUGUGAGACAGGAACCUUCCCUUGAAAAUGCCCCUCGAGGAAGUAGAUAUAAUCCCACAGGUAAAACCUUUAAUAGAAACAAAGAUGAUAAUAUAGAUAAACAACGCAAAUCGAGGUAUAAUCCUAGCCCGUUGACUGAAGAAGAAAAAUAUAAAUUAUGGAUCAAACAACUCUCCGACUUAGAAAGAAAAUUGAAGAAGUAUGGAUGGGAUCACUUGAGUCACAAAGAUCAAGAUGAACUUGGUUUAAAGAGAGAAUUGAUUGAGCUUUAUGAACAGAGGAAAAGGGAUGACGUAGAUGGUUUCAAACUUGGCCAUGUUGAAAUAAACAGUGAUAACAAGGAUAAUAAUUCAACGAGAGAAAAACAAAACAAGAAGAAUGAUGAUAAAAGGACGCGACAACAGAUGUGGGAGGAACAACAAAUGGGGUAUGCUGUUACCAAAGCUAACAUAGAUGAAAUAUACCUUCCAGAAUCAGAGAAAUAUGAUUAUGUAUUUGAUCAAGAAGCAACCAUAGAUUUUACCAACGACUCGAACGAUGUACUGGCCGACAGCAAUGAAGAGGAGGAGGAAAGUUCAGAGGAAGAAGAUGAAGAAAAGAAAAUGUUACUAACACAGUUGGAAUCAGAAGCCACUAGAAUCAAAAAUAUUGGGGAGUCAAGAAGACUACUUCCUGUGUAUGCAUAUAGGAGUGAGUUAAUGUAUGCAAUCAAAGAAAGCCAAGCUUUGAUUAUUGUUGGUGAAACAGGUUCCGGUAAGACCACACAGCUUCCUCAAUACUUGGUUGAAGAUGGUUAUACAGAAGGAGGUAAAUAUCAGAUUGCGGUCACACAGCCACGUAGAGUUGCAGCAAUGUCUGUUGCAACAAGAGUUUCAGACGAGAUGAAUGUUGUUCUUGGUACGGAAGUUGGUUACUCCAUUAGAUUUGACGAAAAGACAACCCCAGGUAAGACUAUCUUGAAAUAUAUGACAGAUGGUAUGUUACUAAGAGAAGUUCUCACUGAUCCAGAACUUUCGAAAUACUCAUGUAUUAUGAUUGAUGAAGCACAUGAGAGGACAUUAGCUACUGAUGUCCUUCUGGGUCUCCUGAAGAACAUAAUGAAACAAAGAAAAUCUUUGAAGUUAUUAAUUUCAUCCGCGACAGUUAAUGCUAAGAAAUUUUCUGUAUUUUUUGGAGAUUGCCCUAUAUUUAAUGUUCCUGGUAGAAGGUAUCCUGUUGAUAUCCAUUACACAUUGCAACCAGAAGGUAACUACAUUAAUGCAGCGAUCACAACAAUCUUCCAAAUUCACACCACUCAGGCACUAAAGGGUGACAUUUUACUUUUCCUAACAGGUCAAGAAGAAAUUGAAAAUACUAAAGAAAAAAUAGAAGAAAUUGCAUCAAAACUAGGAUCAAGGAUCCCACAACUACUAAUUACACCUAUUUUUGCUAAUUUGCCACAAGAGCAACAGGCAAAUAUAUUCCAAAAGACCCCUGAAAAAUGUAGAAAGGUGGUACUUGCGACAAAUAUCGCUGAGACAUCGUUAACCAUUGAUGGUAUUAAAUAUGUCAUCGAUCCAGGUUUUGUGAAGGAAAAUUCAUACAUCCCGUCAACAGGAAUGACCCAGUUGUUGACCAUCCCUUGUUCAAAAGCAUCCGUAGAUCAACGGGCUGGUAGAGCUGGUCGUGUUGGGCCAGGUAAAUGCUUUAGAUUAUUUACCAAAUAUUCUUAUGAAAAUGAAUUAGAAGCUAUGCCACGACCAGAAAUUGUUAGAACAAACUUAUCAAACACAGUACUAUUGUUAUUGUCUUUGAAUGUUAAAGAUCUGCUUAAUUUCCCAUUUCUAGAUCCUCCUCAGAUUUCAACAUUGACCAAAUCGCUGGAAAAUCUAUAUAUUCUGGGUGCUUUAAAUAGUAAAGGUCAGAUCACCGAACUUGGAAAAAUGAUGUGUGAAUUCCCUUGUGAGCCAGAGUUUGCAAAAGUGCUACAUUCUGCAGCUACUCAUCCGAAGGCUGGAGGUGUAUUAGAACAAUGUCUAAGUAUAGUUUCAAUGUUCCAUGAGACGACUUCUAUUUUCAUUGGCAAUAAGAAGGAAGCUACGUCUCAUAUUGUGAGCGAUAUUAGUAGUGAUCAUUUAUUGUAUCUUAAAAUCUACGAGGAUUGGGUGUCUUCUAAUUAUAGCCGUCCUUGGUGUCAGGACCAUAGAAUUCAAUACAGAACUAUGUUGAGAGUUCGAAAUAUCCGAAAUCAAUUAAAUAGAUGUUGCGUGAAGUUAGGAUUGAGUACUAUAAAUGCUUCUUUUAAUGGCGACGCUCAAAUGGGUGAAAAUGUAAUGAUUGCAAAAUUAACGAAGUCCUUUAUUAGUGGUUUCCCUUUGAAUAUUGUAAAAUUGACAAGUGGUGGAUACCAGACCAUUGGAAAGUCGAAAGGAGGAUUGAGUGUUACAAUACAUCCAUCAAGUGUGAUAUUUCAAAAUCAAAAAGAAAAGGGUAAGAAAUUAGAAAAAUUUAUCUUGUAUCAGCAACUCAUGCUAACUUCAAAGGAAUUCGUACGGGAUUGUUUACCGAUUCCAAAUAAUUUAUGGUUAACCGAAAUGGUGCCACAAGUUUUUGAUAAUGUAAUUAAUGAUAAGUAA